CCGGAUGCCCAGCUAAGAGUUGGCCAUGCCAGAAGCACCACCGUCUGGCUGAUUCAGUCGGUAGGCGGCUCCCUGAUCCACAUAAGGUCAGCGAUUGCCUGUGGUAAAAGCUUGACAGGGCCCUGGCGAGGCACUGCUAAUGUUGAUGUCCUUUACUCAUUGCCUGCACGGGAUGUAAGAGAAAAAGAAGCCCUGCACACUGACAUCUACAGCGUCGGAUGUCAUCAAGACCAAUGUCAGAUUGCACAAGACGCUACGGAUACGUCAACAAUUCGUGAUGGGAUUGUUUCAUGCUCUCCAACUACAACGCCGGGACAGUCUCCACUAACGCCGAUCUUUACGCCCUUUUCAAAGCUGCAGGGCGAUUUGGAGGAAGUCACCCGCAAAGAAAACUCCUUCUAUUAUAAGUUCGUUGUGGGUGACUUCAAGGCGAAAAUCGGGAUACCAGAAGAAGAGGACUCCGGAAUGAGAACGCUGCGUGGACAUCCAGACAGUUUCGAGGAUUAUCGAGGUUUGCCGAGAGUACCGCCUACCUCUCGUCCUAGCUUCAUUGACUAUGAGAAAGCGUUUGACUGCUUCGAGACUAAUGCCAUACUGUCAGUGCUCGUCGACCAAGGGGUGGACCCAUCUUACAUGGGGACAUUGACCGACUGCUACAGGAACUGCUCUACAACGGUACAGCUUUUCCAUCGUCCCCUUAACAUACCAACCUCGAAGUCGGUCGACCAGGCCACGCCUUGUCUCCAAAUUACCUUCGUGUUGCAGUGGGUGAUGAAAUCAAUGGAAUGGAAUGAGAGAGGUAAACGAGUUGAUGGGAGAUUCCUCUCGAACCUUCGUUUUGAGGAAGGCAUUGUUCUUUUCUCAAGAAAUAUCACUGAAGCGGAGACGAUGUUGAAGGAAUUAAACGAAGUAGGGAAGCAGAUGGACUGCGAAUCAACCGGAAGAAGACUCAGUCACGCUUUUUACGAGAAUCAGGAAAUGGAAUUGGAAGGUUUUCCAAUCGCGGCGACACGAAGAAUUAACAGGAGGCGAAGAGCAGCUUGA